CACUACUCUGCAUUCACUUCGAACACCAUGGUCAAGGCAACAGUCAUCGGAGCAGCUGGCGGUAUCGGCCAGCCUCUCUCGCUCCUCCUCAAGCAGAACACCUUGAUUACCGACCUCGCCCUCUACGACGUCGUCAACUCGCCCGGUGUCGCAGCCGACAUCUCCCACAUCAACACCCCCUCGGUCGUCAAGGGCUAUCUGCCCCCCGAUGGAGGACUCGAGAAGGCCCUUACUGGCGCAGACAUCGUCGUCAUCCCUGCUGGUGUGCCCCGUAAGCCCGGCAUGACUCGUGAUGACCUCUUCAACAUCAACGCAUCCAUCGUCCGCGACAUCGCCGUAGGCAUUGCCGCUCACGCGCCCAAGGCCUUUGUCCUGGUCAUCUCCAACCCGGUCAACUCGACGGUCCCCAUCGUUGCCGAGGUCCUCAAGAAGAAGGGCGUCUACGACCCCAAGCGCCUCUUCGGCGUUACCACCCUCGACGUCGUUCGCGCUUCCACCUUUGUGGCAGAGGCGGCUGGCCAGCCUACGGAGUCCCUCAAGUUCCGCAUCCCCGUUGUAGGAGGCCACUCGGGAGUCACCAUCGUGCCCUUGCUCAGCCAGUGCGACCCCAAGGUUCAGUUGGACCAGGCUACCAUUGACCAGCUGACCAACCGUAUCCAGUUCGGCGGCGAUGAGGUAGUAAAAGCGAAAGACGGAGCAGGCUCCGCCACCCUCUCCAUGGCAUUCGCCGGCGCACGCUUCGCAGCUGCCGUCCUCGACGCUGCGAGCGGCAAGGCCAGCUCGGUGCACGAGUACACGUACGUUGACCUCGACUCCGAGGCAGGCGGUAAGGACGUAGCCUCCAAGCUGGGCGGUAACCUUCAGUACUUCUCUGUCCCCGUUACGCUCGGCAAGAACGGUGUAGAGAAGAUUCACCCUCUCGGUGGGAUGAGCGAGUACGAGGAGGGGCUGGUCAAGAAGGCUGUCGCUGAUUUGGGAGGAAACAUUGAGAAGGGACAGAGCUUUGUAGCCAAGUCGAGCAACCUCUGAGCGGCGCAGGCGGCGCAAGCGGCGCGCAGCGACAGAGAUGUAGCAACGAGGAGCAUGCGAGUUAGAGAAUUCGAAACAUGACAAUUGCGUAGUAGUAGUGGCAGCGAAGCGAUACAAGUAGUGUCCGUGCAAUGCAGCGACUUGAGUCCUAGCGCGCCCUC